GAAGUGAUUGUGGACGGCUCUGUGACAGAGUACAACCUGAUCAGACUUCACCCCGGAGCGAAGUACGCGGUGCAGCUGCAGGCGGAGGGAGGAGGCCGAUACACUGCCGCCAUCUCCACUGACUUCACCACCGGCACGCUGAGGUUCCCCUUCCCCACAGAUUGCUCUCAGGAGCUGCUGAACGGCAUCCGGACGUCGGGCGAGGUGGAGAUCUUCCCUCAGGGGAAACUCGGGACGCCGAUGAUGGUUUACUGCGACAUGGAGACGGACGGAGGAGGCUGGACGGUCUUCCAGAGGAGGAAGGACGGCUCUGAGAAUUUCUUCAGAGGGUGGAGGGACUACACGAAAGGAUUUGGGAGUCCGAGCGGAGAGUUUUGGCUCGGCCUUGAGAGCCUCCACAACCUGACUACAAUGACAAGGAUGAUUUUGCGUGUCGACCUGCGCGACAAAGAUGACGCCGUGUACGCCAAAUACUCAACGUUCGAGGUGGCGAAGAGGAACUACAAACUGACUGUGGGCGGAUACAGCGGCACUGCAGGUGACUCGCUCACUUAUCACAACCAGCGGAUCUUCUCCACCAAAGACCGGGACCUGGGGUCCUUCAUCACCCGCUGCGCCAUGUCGUACCGAGGAGGCUGGUGGUACAAGAACUGCCACGAGGCGAACCUCAACGGCCUCUACGGCGUCAGCGUCAACCACCAG